CUUAUUCUUUCUUUUCACCCUGGAAAAACGAGCCGCACAAAACAUAGCGCGGCGCAAACAAAUGAAACCGACGUUUUCGAAUGUGAUGUAUCUGCCGCAAGUAUAACAAUUCAAAAAAUCGCAGGUCAGAUAUUUACUCACUAUAAACUAGUCGGGAGGAACACACAGAAUACUGGAGGCUUUGGAUGCUUUACGAGGCCUUCACGCCAAUUUGCAGCCCUCGUCGACGGCGGAAUACUAAAUAGGCGUUUCUCUUUUAAGUGUACUGUCGUGUACACAUGUGCAUUUACACGUGUAUACACGGAUGUAUACUUGCAGAAUCGACGAAGCUCGUUACGCAAGGCGCUCGCUUUUUUUUUUUCGACGGCGUCCUCGAAGAGCAGUCGUCCUUGCGUCGGCGUGCCUUGUUCGAUGCACGGAACGGUGUGGUCUUCCCUUUCAGCCUCGGACAAAGGGCGGCGUCUGUCGGGAGGGGCAAUUGCACGCGUGAUUAGCGCGACUCACGACGGGCGGCGAUAAGACGGGGGCCAGUCAUUCGGCGAUGCAGCGUCGUCGCGUGGGCAUCGUGGGCUUCGGCCAGCUGGGCCAGUUCCUGGCCGCCGAGGUGCAGCGGCGACCGGAGUCGCUCGAGCUCGCCUUCGUGUGGAGCCGGGGCCGCGUGGUGCACGGCUUGCCCCCGCACCUGGUGCUCGAGGACCUGGCGCUGGCCGCGACCCGGCAUCCGGACCUGGUGGUCGAGGUGGCCCACCCUUCCCUGGUUCGCACUCAUGGCGAGCAGCUUCUGCGCCACUGCGACCUGCUGGUCGGUUCGCCCACGGCGUUCGCCGAGCCGGACGUCGAGGCGCGACUGCGGGCGGCAGCUAGCCGCCACGCGCUGUUCGUGCCGUGCGGCGCGCUGUGGGGUCUGCACGACAUCCGGGCACUGGCGGACCGCGGCCAGCUGGCCGAGCUGACGGUCACCAUGACCAAGCACCCGUCGGCGCUGAGACUGGCCGACGCCGAGAUGCGCGUCCGAUGCGACCGGGCCGCCCUCGGAGCGCAGGCCGUCACGCUUUACGACGGCCCCGUGCGCGGCCUGUGUCCCAUGGCGCCCAACAACGUGAACAGCAUGGCAGCUGCGGCGCUGGCGGCGCACACGCUGGGCUUCGACGGCGUCCGGGGCCGCCUGGUGGCCGACCCGGGCAUGGCCGACUACCACAGCCUCGAGCUGGACGUGGUGGGUCCUAGCGAGCCGGACGGCCGGGCCUUCCGCGUCCGCACGCUGCGCAUGAACCCCGCCGACCGGGAGGCCGUCACGGCGAGCGCCACCUACGGCGCCUUUCUGGGAAGCAUGCUCGAGGCUGCCAAGGGUCACGGACCGGGAGUUCACUUCUGCUGAAGCCCAAUGUACAAAACAGGAAAAUUUGUUGUCGCCGCUAUGACAUCGCAUUUUAUGCUUGUCGCUUAUUUUACGAUUAUUUCUUUCUGUGUACAUGGAUAGUCAUUUUCUUUCAAUUUGAUUUUUCUUUUCUUGUCUUUCUUUCUUCGUUUCUGCCGAAUAGUAAAGAAAACAACGGCAAAAAGUGUGAUGCUUAGUUUUUGUAUGGCAAAGUACACAACACUUACCCCCUUAAGUGCGACAAACUUUAGGAGCAUAAAAGGUGAACAUCUUUUAAAUGAGAACCUUGCGCGCAUCAUCAAUACUUUGUAACGGUGCAUAACUCACUUCUUCGAUUCCACAGACAGCCACGAUUAUUAAUUCGUGCAAAUUUGGUCAACAGCGCCGGUAUAUGCGACGUACCUGGCUGUUUACCCGGCAUAUGGGUAAGGCAUACCCAUGAGCACUCUCUCUCACACUCACUCACUUCAAACGCGUGAGUAUUAACGCGAGUGAGGGAAGAGGGGUGUGAGUAUACGUGAGUGUAAGCGUGAAUAUAGUACCUAUCGGUGCGAGUAUAUAUAUAGAGGUGAGUG